UCACUCUCUUUGGUUAUCAAAGCACAGGGUCUGACCAGAAUAUUUGAUGAAAAUGUCACUUGAAAAUAUCAUGUGCUUUUCUGAAAACUGAAGGAAAGAUACAUCGUACUGAUGAAAGAAAUGUCCUUCCCACAGUACAUAGAUGGAGAGCUGUAAAUCUGCUUGUACAGGAGAAAGGAAGAAGCUCCAGAUAAUUGGACUAGAACUCUGAGCUGGUCACCGAUAGGCCUUCCCUCCUGGCAUCAAGCCCACAGUUGUGUGGAGUUGUUUUUUUUAGCGCCCUUUGGGUGGAUUCAAUAGCACAGGAGGGCAAGGGCGUGAAAAUAGGGGAGGCUCCCAAAAUAGCAAGACAAUAAUGGAGGUUAGGGGGUGGGGGAAGGGAUAAGCAUGAAUUUGGAAAUAUCCCCAGCAAGAUAAAAUACCUGAUUUGAGUACAUAGGUGUGUGACAAACUAAGUGUAUGAGGUAGAGGUUCAGGCAACAUUUGACAAGGAGGUGUCCCUGGUACAGAAAAUGGAGAAGGUGCCGGCAGGGCUGGGAUCAACAGAGACAUCAGAACAAGCAGGGAGGGAGCGUUUUGCUAUUCAGCCAAGGAUCAGAUGGGAACUACCCCAUGGAGCAAUGUUACAGCCAGAGAACAUGCCUACCCAGUGGUGGGAAUACCUGAAGGCUCUUCCUUCUCCGGCCAUGGUAUGGAGCAGCCCAGGCCUCCCAGAUAUGACUUCUUGGGAUGACUUGAUCACUUUUGAGAGAGUGUUUGGAGUCCGUCAGUGGCCUAGAGGUGACGGGGUGACCACGCUGAAGCCGGCAUUCAGGGCAGAAGGCCAGCAAGCGCUGAGCGGCAAGAGCGCUAGAGGCAAAAAAGCCUGUGGGAAAGUCAAGGCCAUCUUCCUGCACGAAAACUUGCCCAGCACGGAGCUACACCGCCUGCGCUUCAGGCAAUUCUGUUACCAGGAAGCCGAGGGGCCUCGGGAGGUCUGUGGCCGCCUGCGGGAGCUCUGCCAUUGCUGGCUGGAGCCAGAGCGCCGCACCAAAGAGCAAAUUGUCGAGCUGCUGAUUUUAGAGCAGUUCUUGACCGUCUUGCCUCAGGACAUCCAGAACCAGGUCAGGGAACGUAGCCCAGAGACCUGUGCCCAAGCAGUGGCCCUGGCCGAAGGCUUCAUUUUGCGGCAGCAAGAAGAGAAGCAGCAGGAGGUGCAGGGGACUCGAUCGUCUCAAGAUGUGGCUGUGGAUUUUUCAAAAGCACGGAAAGUGUCAGUGGAGGUCAGGCAGCAGCAAUCGGGCACCCGGAGAAGGAGGGGGGAUAUUGUUAACCUCUCAAUGGGUGUCAAUCUAGCUAGCAAGGUGGAACAGCAGCAUCUGGAGUGCAACGAAAAGGGGAGUGUGACAGCCCAUCCAGUCUCAGGGGGAACCCAAAGGAGAGAGAAAAGCCAUGUUUGUAUCGAAUGUGGCAAAAGCUUCACUCGCCCUUCAGAUCUGGCAAAACACCUGAACGUUCACACAGGCGAAAGGCCCUACCUUUGUGUCGAGUGUGGGAAAAGCUUUAGCCAGCUUUCCCACCUCACAAGGCAUCAGAAAAUCCACUCGGGGGAGAAGCCUCACAUUUGUUCCGAGUGUGGAGAUACCUUCAGCCAACGAGCAUAUCUUGUCAGCCAUCAGAGGAGUCACUCAGGAGAGCAGCCCUACCACUGUUCCUAUUGCCAGAAAUGCUUCAGCCACCAGUCGGCCCUGAAGAUCCACGAGCGGAACCACAUGGGCCAGAAGCCCUACGCCUGCACUGACUGUGGGAAACGGUUUGUGUCCUCCUCUUCCCUCACGACACACAGAAGGAUCCACACGGGAGAAAAACCCCACGCCUGUGGGGUGUGUGGGAAAAGGUUCAUCCAACACUCCAACCUGGUCUCCCACCAGCGAACGCACUCGGGGGAGAAGCCCUUCUGCUGUAAGGUAUGCAGCAGGAAGUUUGCCUACCCUUCGGAUCUUACCCGGCACCAAAAAAUCCACACAGGAGAGAAACCUUACGCCUGUGAUGAGUGUGACAGAAGAUUCACCAGGCUGUCUGAUCUCAUUACACACCAACGUAUCCAUACGGGAGAAAAACCGUACCGCUGCCUUGAGUGUGGGAGAAAAUUCAGGCAGAGGGGCGUGCUGGUGAAACACCAGAGGUGCCAUUCAAAAGAAAAUCCAAAAGGAAGUGAGGCUCUCCAGACCACGGAGUCCCAAGCUAAAAGUCCAUUCAAAACUCAUGAGGUCAAACUGGUGAAAGAACUGGGAGAUCAGGAGGAGGAACCCAGCUUGAGUCUCUCUCCCAGCCCCUGAUGCUCCUCACUCUUAUACUGCUGCUUACAGAGGGAUCAAUCAUUCUAUAGGAUAAAGAAACAACUCCUUUUUCUAUUCCUCUACUACUGACUAGGAAGUGGACAUGAAGGUUGACGAUGACACAACAGCAACGUAAUGAAGCUCAUCGUGGUCUCUGUUUGUGUUUUUAUAAAUA